GAGAAAGGGGGAGCUGUGAGGAAGGGGGCCUUUAGGAAGAAUGGGGAGGAAGCAGGUGGAGGGCGCGCCUCCGUUACCUCGUCCUCCACGAGCCCUCCCACCUGUGCCAAGUGCUGUUCAAGAUGAUGUUCCACUUAGUCGUCCCAAGAAAAAGAAGCCGAGAACGAAAACCAUGCUAGCAAGUGCUUCUUUGGAAGGUCUUGUUCAGACUGCUAUUCACAGACCAUCUGAGAGCAGUGAGCCACCAACUAAAGAACUCACAGAGCAUCCAGAAGCUCCUGCUCAAAGAAGACAGAAGACAAGGGUGCCUCUUGAAUUGGAGACUGCCUUCACCCAGGAGACAUCUGGCCCAUCUUCAUUACGGAAUGAAAAUGGAAUCGAUGUGGAGCCAGCUGAGGAGCCCGUUAUUAAAAAACCUCGAAGGAAGACAAAGAAGGCCCGGCCAGCAGAAUUGCAGUAUGCCAAUGAGCUAGGAGUAGAAGAUGAAGACAUAAUUACUGAUGAGCACAGGAGUCCAGAACAACAGUCUGUAUUCACUGCGCCCACGGGCAUUAGCCAGCCUGUGGACAAAGUGUUUGUGGAAAAAAGCCGGCGAUUCCAGGCCACCGACCGUUCAGAGUUGAUAAAGACCACAGAGAACGCGGACGUGUCGAUGGGCCCGAAGCCCUCCUGGACAACCAGGGACGUCGCCCUCUCCGUGCACCGGGCUUUCAGGAUGGUGGGUCUGUUUUCCCAUGGCUUCUUGGCUGGCUGUGCUGUGUGGAAUAUUAUUGUGAUAUAUGUCCUAGCAGGACAUCAGCUUUCUAACCUCCCCAACCUUCUGCAACAAUACAAGACGUUAGCAUAUCCAUUCCAGAGUCUUCUCUACUUGCUUUUGGCUCUAAGUACAGUUUCAGCUUUUGACAGGAUUGACUUUGCCAAAACAUCAGUAGCAAUCCGAAAUUUUCUUGCCCUGGAUCCAACAGCUUUUGCAUCUUUCUUGCUUCGCUGCUCUUAUACUAUCUCUGAGUCAGCAAAUGACAAGUGACAGAAUCCAUCUUUACACACCUUCUUCUGUUAAUGGCAGCCUCUGAAUUGAUGUUCUCCUCUGAGGUGGAAGAAUAUCCUAAUAAAGAUAAAGGAUAACGCCUCUUCCUAAUGCCUCUCACCUUCAGAAGAAUAACGGCCCAGUGUUUAGAAUUCUUCCCAUCCUUGUUUUUAAAUGUAUUUUUAUAAGAUAUGCACAGGUGUAUUUGGAAUUGAUUUUUUUGAUUAUGUAAUACUGAAAAAAUUCUCAAGAUUAUGGAAAUUGUUAAAAUUGUACCUGCAGUUUAUACCCAAACAUCAUCAGUUUAAUGGCAAAGGAGGUCAUGAGAUGGAAACAAGUAAGUGAAAGUGCUUAUUUCCUGUUCUGUCGAAUUAGUGGCUUUUAUAAUCAUUAUCUUAAAUGCACGAGUAACUUUACUGUUACAAAAGCUAUAUCAGGUUUAAACAUAAAUUUAGGGAACAGGGAAGAAGUGAAAUGAAGACCUUCAUUAUUUAUUUUUGAUAUCUCCUUACUGCGUUCAUUGAAAUAUGAAAUUUGUCUUUUUUUUAAAGUGACUUAGUGACUGUGUAUCAUGUAAUAAGUAUAAUGUAAUGUAAUUUAGCUUGAAAGAUGCUUGACUUCAUGACUAAUAAAAAGAAAAUAUAUCCUUUUUGUUUGAAAAGUUUUA